AUGUCGCUCUACUACGAAGCCGCCGCUGUCCUCGCCAACCCCGACAGCGCCGGCGGUUCCCUCAAAUCGCGAAUAUACAGGAACAAGGACCUGAAGACUUCGUCCGCGCAACUUUUCGCUUUGAUCAGCGAAGCAUCGAAAUGGUCCUUGAUACUGAAGGAUGUUAUCGAGAGGUGCGGGCUAUUGGCCGAGGAGAAGAAGCUCACCCCAACCCUCGCGCUGCUCCUCACACAUGACCUGCUGCUGGCUAAGUGCGGUGUGGCUGCCCACGCGAACCACGUCCUGAAGCUCGCCAUCUUGAGACACAAAGCCCGCUUAAGCGCCGAAUUCACAAAAGCGCGAAUACGUCACGGUCAUGCAACACUGGAUGCGCUGCGACAGGCUGUCGAAGAGGGAGAGCUGGAGGAAGUCGAUGAGCUGUCGAAGAAGAAGGCACACAGGCACCCGCGGUGGGUGCGCGUGAACACGCUCCAGACGAGCAUGUCAGAGCAACUGGCCACAACCUUUGCUGGUUAUGAGAAGGCCAGCAACGUCCAAGAAGUCCAGUGGGCAUCCGCGUCGGUGAAGAAAUACUUUGAGGAUCCCCACAUUCCUAAUUUGCUCGCCCUUCCACCCAAGGUCGAUCUUAGCAAGUCCGAAGCGUACGCAAAUGGAGCGAUCAUAUUUCAAGACAAAGCGUCUUGCUUUCCGGCUUAUCUCCUGGACGUGCGACCGGACGAUGGGGAUGUGAUAGACGGAUGUGCUGCACCAGGGAACAAAACAACGCACUUGGCCGCGAUAGUAGCCGAGAGGAAUAUGCAUGCGAAGCGACAAAAGGUGUUUGCUUACGAGAGAGACCAAAUCAGAGCUGCGACCCUGCAAAAAUUGGUCAAGCGCGCUUCAGCAGACUCGGUUGUAACGAUCAAGCCAGGCGCAGAUUUUCUAGCUGCGAACCCCGACUCUGAAGAAUUUGCAGACGUCGGUGCGAUUUUGCUUGACCCAAGCUGUUCCGGGAGCGGCAUAGUCGGCAGAGACGACUCAAUCAUGAUGCAUUUGCCGGACCAAGCUAUGGGUGCAUCUGUCGUUACAUGCAAGAGGGACAAGAAGCGGAAGAGAGACCACACCAUGACUCAAUCCAACAACAGCACAACGUUGCAUAUGGGCCUGGACGACGUAAUACCGGAAGAAACGCCUGUUGAAGGUCAGCUGGCUGAGAGACUUACCGCUCUAUCGACUUUCCAACUUCGCAUUCUCACGCAUGCGAUGCGUUUCCCUAAAGCACGUAAGAUCACUUACUCUACUUGCUCAGUUCAUUUCGAAGAAAAUGAAGGCGUCGUGUUUCAAGCUCUGGUGUCGGAAAUUGCAAGCGUGCGAGGCUGGAGGAUCCUGCCCAGGAAUUUACAGGUGCAAGGCAUGAAGGAUUGGACGCAGAGAGGCUUCUUAGAACCUGAGAAAUUGGAUCCAAGGGUCGAUUUGGACCACCUGCAGAAAAAAGCUGUAUGCAACGCUUGUAUACGCUGCGAGAAAGGCACUGAGGAAGGCACGAUGGGCUUCUUCGUCGCUGCUUUCAUUCGCAAUGCCGAGUUCGGGUUUGACAGUAAUAUAUCGAGCAAUGAUGCCGUUGAGGAUGCUGAAGAGGACGAGUGGCAAGGAUUCAGCGAUGGCGACGAGAUCAUCAAGGCCCCAAUGCAGCAGCAAGCUUCCACUGCCUUCAAGCGCCCUAGGAAGAAGGGGAGACGAGGAUGCACGGCGACAGUGGAUGAGUGA